AUGGAGCGCCCGUCGCCGCCGGGGCUGGCUCGCCUCUCCCGGCCGCUCCCCGGUGCGCGCCAGCCGGCGGCCGCCCGCGGAGCCACCUACCCGCCCCGCAGCGCCGGCCGGCCCGGCCCCAUCGGCGGCGAGAGAGGGCUGCUCCGCCCGCCCCCUCCCCUUCCUCCUCCCCCGCAGCCCGCGGUAUUGUCUCACGCCGAGGCCGGAGCCCGGCGGCGGGGGGGCGGCACCAACUUGUGGCAACUUGGCGGCGGGGCAAAAGCCGCCGAGCAACGCGGGGUGCUGGGAGGAGCGCGACGGGGAGAGGCGCCCCCGCCUCCCCUUCGCCUCGGAAAGAGGACGAAAGCCGCGUUUCACCAGCGGGGCAGCCGCUCGCCCCUCCCAGAGAGCGGCAGCCCCGCAGCGCGAUCCCCCAGCCGAGGAGGAGGAGGGGGGAGAGGGGAGCAGCCCCGGGCCGGCCGCCAGACAAAGGCGGCGGCGAGAAGGUCCGUGAGCCCCGAGUCACCCUGGGGCCGGGGCCGUACCCAGGUCACCCCCCCACAGCAGAGACGGCCGCGCCUCCCCUCCGCCCCCGUUCCCAAACAAAAGCGGCGAGCAGGUGGAGGGUGGGGUGAAAGGGCAGCCGGCGGCUGCGGCCGCCCCCCGGGCAGGAACGCCCCGCCUCCGCCGUGCCAGGCGGCGGGGGGCCGGGGCUGGGAGCGCAGAGGGGGCCGGCUCUUGCCGGCUUUUCCCGUCUCGCCGCGGUGUUUGGGGAGGGGAGGCCGGGCAAUGCGGGGGGCAGUCAGGGGGCAGCCGCAGCGGGAGCCGAAGGAAGGAGGAGCUUUCCGCCGGCCCCUCCCGGCCCGCGCUGCCUCCACCACCUGUGGGGCGGGAGGGGCCGCGGGCUCCGGGCCGCGCUCUCCCGGCCGGCCCCUCUAG